UGAACAAUUGGUUUGGCAUAUGGGAGGCUCAUAACUAAAAUCUGUAAUGGCUUCUUCUAAUACUGCCGGCUCGGCGAUCGAUGCGGAGUACGUUGGAAAACUGAUCAAACAUGCUAAAGACACGCUCGCGAACGUUAUGAGAUUAGCAAAUCAGGCCAUCGAUCAAAAUGCAGAAGUUGACCUUGGAACGAAGACAACUGAGGGGCCAAAUAACAAGCUUGAGAAAAGUUUAGAAGAUUUUUACAUUGCAUGUGACCAGCUACAGCUCUAUCUGGGGCUCAUGAGGGAAACAGCAAGUCAAACUCACGAUAGUGGAAGAUACACACCCAAACCUAUAUUCAGCAGCAAAACAGAGAACGUUGCAGAGACACAGACCUACAGUGAGUAUCUAUCGACAGUCAGCACUCAGAUAGCAGCCACAAAAGAACUUCAUGAUAUGCUGUCAGAGUUUUCCUCUGCUCAGCUACCAUAGCCAGAUUUAUAUUUAGUGCCAGUUUUCUAUUUCAAAGCACCAUUAUUGUGACCAAGGUCACUUGAACAAAUUUAAUCAGGCACACUACAAGAAAUGGAUUUUACUUCCAACUAAAUUGAAGAAUUGAGAUGGAAUUCAAGAUUGUUUACUGUCAUCACGUUGAUAAUGGCAGAUUUUCUUGUAACUGCUUUGUCUUUCUGGGCUGAGUUAUUCAAAGCCUUUUAAAAAAGAUCUCUCAAUUCAAACCGCAUGAAUUACAGAUGGAAGCUCUUGUUGCCCCCAUAUUCUGCAAUUAAAAAUUACGAUAACAUUACAACAAAUGAGCAAACUGUGAAUGAAAAUGUACGUAAGUAAUGUAUAAGUAAUGUACAUUAGUACACAACAAAAA